CUGCUGUCGCCGCUGCGUGCCGAUCUUUAUCUGGUUGCGAGGCGAUGCUGUGUCCGUGGCAACCUCUGCUGCCACUGGUGCUGGCUGUCUGGGCCUCAGUGUCGAGCGGAGAGCUGUUGGUGCGCAAGUGCUGCGGCCAGCAUCAGUUCAUGGACGACAAAUACGCGUGUCGCGACGCAAACGCCAGCCAGGAUAACAGCGACGACCCCUGGUGGUGGCUGCCCAAGAGCUCCGUCAGUCUCAACGACACCUACGUUGAGCCGGAGAACGUGACGCGGGUUCUGUCUGGCGUGAGAGCCGAGUACAACGCGACAGCCACCUGCGACCGGAAAUCGCAGCUUGAGCUGGUGAACUUGCCCGGAGAAGACAUGGACGAGUUUCACCUGCAUAUAGGGUCUCAACAGGUGGAGCUGGAGGUGCUGCUCCUGGACACGGCCCCAGAGGGCGCGCUGGUGCCGGCAACCUCCUUCUGCGUGGACGGCGUGCGCGUGGACAGCAUGGUCCUGCACAUCGCCUUCGCCUGCGUGUGUGCGGGGGCGGCUCCCUGCGUUCGCAAGUGCUGCGAGGACGGCGAGGCCUACGACCCCGAUGGCGACGGCCUCUGCGCAGAUGUCUCGGACGAGGAGUGGGAAAGGGACCCGGAUAUCGCCUACUGGCGGCCUACGCUGCAGGACCGUACAGCCACCCCCAAGCACUUCGUGUUACCCGGCCGCUUCCCGCGCUGCAGCCUGGGAGCCAACCUCACACAGGGCAACGCGUCCGGCUUCGUCUUGCGCGACGACGGCCACCUGCUGAGAGAUCCAAAACAGUUCCAAGCGACGAACCGGCAACGAUUAUUGAUAAACUGA